AUGGUGUGCAACACGAAUAUACUAAAAGAUGUGUCGACGAAGAUAAGUGCUUUUGAAAAUGUUCGGAUGAUUAUGGUGGAGGGAGAGAUGACUACUCCUUAUCCACCAAUUGUUACUUUGAUAAAUGGAUCAAGAUCCCUAUCUCCUGCGAUCACCAACUAUAAAUGCAUUAGAUUUCAAGUGGCUCGUAUUCACAAGCAACUUAAGAACAGAGUUUCUGCACAUAGUAGUGUUGGUGCGACUGAUGUUGUCUACAUGACUUCAAUCCUUGAAUACCUAACUACAGAGGUUCUUCAGUUGGCCGAAAACACUAGCAAAGAUUUAAAAGUGAAGAGGAUAACUCCAAGGCAUUUGCAGUUGGCGAUCAGAGGAGAUGAAGAGCUUGACACACUCAUCAAAGGAACAAUUAUUGGAGGAAGUGUGAUCCCUCACAUCCACUAGUCUCAUCAACAAAACAACCAAGGAGUGAUUUGUUUCUUAAGUUAACUAAUAUGAUGUGAUAUGCUAGUUAAGUAGCUUAUGGUGUUUCAGUUACUCUAGUUUUGGAUCGGAGAAGUAGUUUAAGUGUUAAGUCUUGAGACAUCAUAAUUUUACGUCUCAUCUCGUAAACGAUAGGAGAAGUUCUUUGCUCCUAGAGUUUUGGUGCUAAACAAUUCACAGUGAUAUGCAUUCCAUGUGGCUCCUUAAAACACUCAACCAUGCAUGCACAAGCAGUGGACCAUCUUCAUAUUCAUGACUGACUAAAAUAUUGUCAUCAAU